AUGCAGUUGAAGCCGUACCUGGCCGAGUUCCUCGGAACGGCUCUAUUGAUAGUGAUCGGCGAUGGAGUCGUCGCCCAAUGUCUGCUGUCCGACUACCAGUAUGGCACCUGGCUGUCCAUUAACCUGGCCUGGGCAGCUGCUGUGUGUCUCUCCGGAUACCUGGCCGAUCCCAGCCCAACCAUCAACCCGGCAGUGACCCUCUGCCUGGCCCUGGUGCGGCCAUCACCAACAACAACUGGCAACUGGCGAAGAACCAUCCCGGGCAAGCUGGCAGCGCAGUUCCUGGGCGGCUUCGUGGGGGCUGCCAUGGUCUAUCUCAACUACCGCUCGGCCAUCCACGCCUGGGACCCCGAAUAUACCAUCCCCGGCGGCUCGAUCCUGAGCCCGAGCGGCCAUCACUCGGCAGGCAUCUUUGCGACGUAUCCCGCCGCCGUCUUCACGUCCAACUGGGAGGCUGUAUUUUCCGAGCUGCUGGGCUCUGCAGUCCUCAUGUUUGGCUCGCUGGCCAUUUCCGAUCCGAUCAACGCCCGUCGCUUCCCUGCGCCGCAGAUCUCGCUGUUUUUGCUUCUGUUGAUGAUCGGAGCGGCCUUGGGCUGGCAGACCGGCUACGCGCUGAAUCCUGCUCGCGACUUGGGCCCGAGACUCUUCUCUGCGAUCAUUUACGGGCCGGAAGUGUUCACGGCCGCGAAUUACUACUUUGUCGUGCCCUUGUUCGCCCCUAUUGCGGGCUGUCUCAUCGGAGCCACGACCUACGAUGUGAUGCUGUUCGAGGGAGACGGAUCUCGCAUUGCAGAUGCUUUGGAUAAGGGUGCUCACCUACGACUGGAGUAG